AUGGCCUACACCCAUCCAGGGCAGAACGACACAGUCAACCUCCAGAUAUGGCUGCCGGAGCAGUGGAACGGACGCUUCAAUGGUGUGGGAGGCGGCGGCUGGCGCGCUGGUGUUUUCGAUCAGAGCUUACUCCCGGCCAUCAUUCAGGGAUAUGCGGCAGCUUCCACUGACGGUGGCCACAACGCAACUGAAGUCUCCGCUCUUCCUUGGGCGCUCAAAUCUCCGGGUAAUGUCGAUGUGGUUGCUUUGCAGAACUUCGGUUCUGUUUCUUUGAACGAGCUCUCUAUAUUCGGUAAGAUGGGCGGUAGACAAGGCAUGAUGCUGGCUCAACGUUACCCCGAAGCGUUUGACGGUAUUAUCGCCGCAGCACCCGCACUGAACAUCAUCCCGCUCUUGGCAAGCUUGUUCCAUGCUCAAGCUGUAAUGAACACGCUCGGUGAAUACCCGCCCAAUUGCGAGUUCGAAGCGAUUAGGACCGCAGCAAUUGCCGCUUGCGAUGAACUGGACGGCGUCAAAGACUCGAUCAUAUCGAUCCCGGAAUUGUGUACUUUCGACCCAUUCACCGUUGUCGGGCAGCCCGCCAAUUGCGGCAAUAGCAGCUCGAAUGUCAUCUCCAACGCAACAGCAACUGUAGCCAACGCUACAUGGUAUGGUGUCUCCAACAGACGGGGAAAGAAGAUCUACCCAGGAUACGCGUUCGAUGCACCCCUUCAGGCAACGACCGACACGGACUGUCAAGCAGCAGGUACCUGCCUCACCACCGCUGCCUGGCAACUCGGCGCAGAGUUCUUCCAGCUUUUCGUCGAGAAGAACGCUACGUUUGACUACUCCACAAUUACCGCGGAGCGUCUACCGGACUACACGUACGCCGGCCAGCAGCAGUGGGAUUCGAUCAUCAACACCAACGAUGCGGAUCUCUCAGAUUUCAAGGAAGCAGGAGGGAAGUUGCUCACCUGGCACGGCAUCGCAGAUGACCUGAUUCCUUCGGGUGGGUCAACACAGUAUUAUGACCGUGUAGCCGCGUUGGAUGCCGAUGUGGAUGAGUACUACAGGUUGUUCCUUGCGCCUGGCCUUCACCAUUGCGCAGGUGGCCCUGGUCCUGCGCCCGUCAAUAAUGCGCUGCAGCAACUCGUCGCUUGGGUCGAAAACGGUACAGCUCCAGACACCCUACCGGCAGUUGGAACGCAACCUGUUAAUGGAACAGUGCUGUCGAGGGAUCUCUGCCCUUACCCGCUUGUAUCUGUUUAUCAAGGUGGUGCUGCAGCUGAUGCCUCAUCUUAUAGCUGUGUGGACGCGGAAAGCGUGUAA